GGCAGGCUGGGGACCAGAGCAUGUGCCCUCGCUGCUCCUGUGGUCCGUCCUCAGCAAGGGAAGGAGCUGGUGGAGACAGUGCUCCGACACCUCCCAUGAAGCGUACGAGUGGCUGUGGGAGAAUCUGCUUGAAAAAGAAAGGUGGAUGCUCAUUUGAUGAGCACUAUAGUAAUUGUGGUUAUAGUGUGGCCUUGGGAACCAAUGGAUUUACCUGGGAGCAGAUCAAUACCUGGGAAAAGCCAACAAUGGAUCCUGCUGUCCCAACUGGCUCCUUCAUGAUGGUGAACAGCUCUGGACGGGCAUCUGGGCAGAAAGCUCACUUGCUUCUGCCUACGUUAAAGGAAAAUGACACACAUUGCAUCGACUUCCACUAUUACUUAUCCAGCAGAGACCGUUCGAGUCCUGGCUCUCUGAAUGUCUACGUGAAAGUGAAUGGAGGACCACAGGGCAAUCCAAUAUGGAAUGUCUCGGGGGUUGUUACAGAAGGAUGGGUGAAGGCAGAACUUGCCAUCAGUACAUUCUGGCCACAUUUUUAUCAGGUGAUAUUUGAAUCUGUCUCUUUGAAAGGACAUCCAGGGUACAUAGCUGUGGAUGAAGUCAGAGUUCUUGCCCAUCCAUGCAGAAAAGCACCGCAUUUCCUACGGCUUCAGAACGUGGAGGUUAAUGUGGGACAGAAUGCGACGUUCCAGUGCAUUGCUGGGGGGAAGUGGUCGCAGCAUGACAAACUCUGGCUCCAGCAGUGGAAUGGACGGGACACAGCGUUAAUGGUCACUCGAGUCGUCAACCAUAGACGUUUUUCUGCUACUGUCAGUGUUGCUGACACCUCUCAACGCAGUAUCAGCAAGUACCGAUGUGUCAUUCGUUCAGAUGGUGGAUCUGGAGUUUCCAAUUAUGCAGAAUUAAUAGUGAAAGAACCCCCAACUCCUAUUGCCCCUCCUGAGCUGCUGGCGGUCGGAGCCACCUAUCUGUGGAUCAAACCCAAUGCCAACUCCAUCAUUGGAGAUGGGCCCAUCAUACUGAAAGAGGUGGAAUAUCGGACGACCACUGGGAACUGGGCAGAAACACACAUUGUAGAUUCCCCUAAUUACAAACUGUGGCAUUUGGACCCUGAUGUGGAGUAUGAGAUCAGAGUGUUGCUGACUCGCCCUGGAGAAGGAGGCACAGGGCCACCUGGGCCACCACUCACAACAAGGACAAAAUGUGCAGAUCCUGUCCACGGACCACAGAAUGUGGAAGUUGUUGACAUCCGUUCCCGGCAGCUGACGUUGCAGUGGGAGCCCUUUGGUUACGCCGUGACCCGCUGCCACAGCUACAAUCUGACAGUCCAGUACCAGUAUGUUUUUAACCAGCAAAAAUUCGAGGCAGAGGAACUCAUCCAGACUUCUUCCCACUACACUUUGCGAGGUCUUCGGCCCUUCAUGACCAUCAGGCUGAGGCUGGCCCUCUCUAACCCAGAGGGCAAAAUGGAGAGUGAGGAGUUGGUUGUGCAGACUGAGGAGGACGUUCCUGGACCUGUUCCCUUGGAAUCCAUCCAGGGAGGACCUUUUGAAGAGAAGAUCUAUGUUCAGUGGAAGCCUCCAAAUGAGACAAAUGGCAUCAUUACACUCUAUGAGAUUACAUACAAGGCCGUUGGGUCUCUGGAUCCCAGUGCUGACCUGUCCAGCCAAAGAGGGAAAGUCUUCAAGCUAAGGAAUGAAACACAUCACCUCUUUGUAGGAUUAUACCCAGGGACUACGUAUUCAUUCACCAUCAAAGCCAGCACAGUCAAGGGCUUUGGGCCACCCAUCACAACACGGAUUGCAACUAAGAUUUCAGCACCAUCGAUGCCAGAAUACGACACUGACUCCCCCUUGAACGAGACUGACACCACCAUUACUGUUAUGCUGAAGCCUGCUCAGUCCCGGGGAGCCCCUGUCAGUGUCUACCAGCUUGUUGUCAAGGAGGAGAAGCUGCAGAAAGCCCGGAGAGCUGCGGACAUCAUUGAAUGCUUCUCUGUCCCCGUCAGCUACAAGAAUGCUUCCAGUCUGGACUCCCCGCACUACUUUGCAGCCGAGCUGAAGCCCAUCAACCUGCCCGUCACACAGCCAUUCACAGUGGGCGACAACAAGACCUACAAUGGCUACUGGAAUGCCCCGCUUUCUCCCCUGAAGAGCUACAGCAUAUACUUCCAGGCUCUAAGCAAGGCAAACGGAGAAACAAAAAUCAACUGUGUCCGGCUGGCAACGAAAGGAGCUUCCACCCAGAAUUCCAAUGCAGUGGAACCCGAAAAGCAAGUUGACAGCACAGUAAAAAUGGCCGGAGUUAUAGCUGGGCUUCUGAUGUUUGUUAUCAUCCUCUUAGGAGCAAUGCUUACCAUCAAGAGAAGGAAGCUAGCCAAGAAGCAGAAGGAGACCCAGACCAGCACACAGAGGGAGAUGGGUCCCGUGGCUACUUCAGACAAGACCUCUACCAAACUCAGUGCUGUUCACAGUGAAGAAGCUUUCUCUUCCAGCUGCCAAGAUGUUAAUGGAUUCACAUCACCCUCUCCUUGUUCAUUUUCUGUCCAAAGCAAAACCCUUCAGAGCAAAUCUUUGUUGAAUUCCUACUACUCAGACAGUAGCCAUGGAGAGAUGACCCAGCCAACCCUGACUAUCCAGACCCACCCGUACCGGAGCUGUGAGCCGGUGGAAAUGUCCUACCCCCGGGGGCAGUUCCAGCCAGCCAUCCGAGUGGCCGACUUGCUGCAGCACAUCACCCAGAUGAAGCGAGGACAGGGCUAUGGAUUUAAAGAGGAGUAUGAGGCACUACCCGAGGGGCAGACGGCAUCCUGGGACACAGCCAAGGAAGACGAAAACCGCAAUAAGAAUAGAUACGGAAACAUAAUCUCCUAUGAUCAUUCAAGGGUGAGAUUGCAACUGCUGGAUGGGGACCCUCACUCUGACUACAUCAACGCCAAUUACAUCGACGGGUACCACCGGCCUCGUCAUUACAUUGCAACUCAAGGGCCAAUGCAAGAGACAGUGAAGGAUUUCUGGAGAAUGAUUUGGCAAGAAAACUCUGCAAGUGUUGUCAUGGUCACCAACUUGGUGGAAGUGGGCAGGGUGAAGUGUGUUCGGUACUGGCCAGAUGACACAGAGGUCUAUGGCGAUAUUAAAGUCACACUAAUUGAGACAGAACCACUGGCAGAGUAUGUCAUACGCACAUUUACUGUACAAAAGAAAGGCUACCACGAGAUCCGAGAGAUUCGGCAGUUCCACUUCACCAGCUGGCCGGACCAUGGGGUUCCUUGCUAUGCCACGGGCCUCUUAGGCUUUGUUCGGCAAGUGAAGUUUCUCAACCCCCCAGAAGCAGGACCUAUUGUUGUGCACUGCAGUGCCGGGGCCGGGAGAACAGGGUGCUUUAUUGCCAUCGACAUCAUGCUUGACAUGGCAGAGAACGAAGGCGUGGUAGAUAUAUUUAACUGUGUGCGAGAGCUGCGCUCCCAAAGGGUCAAUUUGGUGCAGACGGAGGAGCAGUAUGUAUUUGUCCAUGAUGCCAUUUUGGAGGCAUGUCUCUGCGGCAACACGGCCAUUCCAGUUUGUGAGUUCAGAUCCAUAUAUUACAACAUCAGCAGACUAGAUCCACAGACUAAUUCCAGCCAGAUAAAAGAUGAGUUUCAGACUCUCAAUAUUGUGACACCACGUGUUCGGCCAGAAGAUUGCAGCAUCGGGCUUCUGCCAAGGAACCAUGACAAGAAUCGCUGCAUGGAUGUGUUGCCCUUGGACCGGUGCCUGCCUUUCCUCAUCUCGGUGGAUGGCGAGUCAAGUAACUACAUCAAUGCUGCACUCAUGGAUAGCCACAAGCAACCUGCUGCCUUUAUUGUAACUCAGCACCCUUUGCCCAACACCGUAGCAGACUUCUGGAGGCUGGUGUUUGAUUAUAACUGCUCCUCUGUCGUGAUGCUGAAUGAGAUGGAUGCAGCACAGCUCUGCAUGCAGUACUGGCCAGAGAAGACGUCCUGUUGUUAUGGCCCCAUUCAAGUAGAGUUUGUUUCAGCAGAUAUCGAUGAAGACAUCAUAAACCGGAUAUUCCGGAUCUGUAACAUGGCCAGGCCCCAAGAUGGAUAUCGCAUAGUUCAGCACUUGCAAUACAUUGGCUGGCCAGCAUACAGGGACACCCCUCCUUCCAAACGCUCCCUCCUGAAGGUGGUCAGAAGGUUGGAGAAGUGGCAGGAGCAGUACGAUGGGCGAGACGGCCGCACUGUUGUCCACUGCCUGAACGGUGGGGGACGUAGUGGCACCUUCUGUGCCAUCUGCAGUGUGUGUGAGAUGAUUCAACAGCAAAAUAUCAUUGACGUGUUCCACAUAGUGAAAACGUUACGGAAUAACAAGUCCAACAUGGUGGAGUCACUGGAACAGUAUAAAUUUGUAUACGAGGUUGCACUGGAAUACUUGAGUUCCUUUUAGCCCAGCGAAGGGAG